AACAAAUUAAAACUAAAGUCAGAAACCUUCUAGGGUUCUCUUCUUCUACCUAUUCACUCUUUUUCUCACAGCCGUCGCUUAAACAGAACCCAUCGCCGUCCUUGAACGCCUCCCCCGUCCGUCGAUCGGUUUACGCCCUCUUCGCCGCCGCCCACUGAUAAAAUAUUUCAAGCCGAUAAAAUGGUACGACCGUAUGCUAUUAAAGGGAAGAAACGGAAGAAUAGAGGCGAGAAGUAUGAUAAAGAAGAACAAGAACAUGAAGAACAAGUAGAAGAAGAAGAGAGAGAACCAGCAAAACAAGCUGCUAUUGAAAAGCCAACAGAGGAAGUCGAAGGUAAAGAAGAAGAGGAAGGAGGUGAAGCUGGAACAGAUGAACUUGAGGGAAUCCCAAUUGCCCCCUCUGAUAAAAAGAAUAACAAAAAUGGUGUAAUUUUUGUUCUUGAGAAGGCUUCAUUGGAAGUUGCUAAAGUUGGAAAGAGUUUUCAACUCUUGAACUCAGAUGAUCAUGCCAAUUUCUUGCGGAAAAAUAACAAGAAUCCUGCUGAUUACAGACCUGACAUAACACAUCAGGCUCUACUGUCGAUUCUAGAUAGUCCGGUCAAUAAGGCUGGGAGAUUGCAAGCUGUGUAUGUUAGAACUGAGAAAGGUGUACUUUUUGAAGUUAAACCUCAUGUUAGAAUUCCGAGAACAUAUAAGCGGUUCUCUGGUAUUAUGUUGCAACUGCUACAAAAACUAAAUAUAACUGCCGUUGGCAAGCGUGAAAAGCUUUUACGAGUGAUAAAGAAUCCCGUAACCAAUUACUUUCCUGUCAACUCUCGCAAAAUAGGUUUCUCAUAUAGCUCAGACAAAUUAGCUAAAAUGAGGAAAUACGUAGAUGCUGUUGGUGAUGAUGUGAAUCUUGUUUUUGUGGUGGGUGCAAUGGCCCAUGGGAAAAUAGAGGUAGAUUAUAUAGAUGAUUUUAUAGCGAUUUCCGGUUAUCCGCUAAGUGCUGCAAUGUGCAUUGCAAGGAUUACUGAAGCUUUGGCAGAUAAGUGGAGCAUAUUGUAACACCCAUAUAAUAUGUCUCUCUCUGUUGCAAUGGCUUCGAUUUUGGGAUAGAUUAUCAAUGAUGAAUUACUUUAAUUUAUAAUGUGGUACGUUUAUUUUAUGUUAAAAAAACGGAAUAUGCAGUUUUCUUGUUUAGGUAAUAUAUGGAAGUGAGCAGCUAGAAAAAUAUUUUCAAGAGAAAAGAUGUUAUUUGAUAGGGAUAGCAAUAGACCAAGACGGGAUUACGGUACGUGUUAGUAUCGAUGUUGAAAAUAUUUUAGCAUGUAAGCUAAUCCAAACCAAAUUCGUUUCAAAUUGUUAUGUUACUCAA